AUGUUUCUGAUUAAUCUGAUUCUCUCAUCUUCCUUUUCCUCCCUCCAUUCCUCUCAUCUUUCCUUCCUUUCUUUCCUCCCUCCAUUCCUCUCUUCGUUCCUUCUCUUUGUCCCUCCUCUUCCUCUCUUUGUCCCUCCCCUCCCUCCCUACCUCCCCUCCCUACCUCCCUACCUCCCCUCCCUCCCUCCCUACCUCCCCUCCCUACCUCCCUCCCUCCUCCCUACCUCCCCUCCCCACUCCCCCCCCCCCCCUACCUCCCCUACCUCCCUGCCUCCCCUCCCUACCUCCCCACCUCCCUCCCCUCCCUCCCACCUCCCCUCCCUCCCUCCCCUCCCUCCCUCCCCUACCUCCCCUCCCUCCCUCCCCUACCUCCCCCCCUCCCCCCUACCUCCCCUACCUCCCCCCUCCCCCACCUCCCUCCCCUCCCUCCCUACCUCCUCCCCUCCCCCCCCUUUUCUCCCCUCCCCUCCCCUCUCCUCUUCCCUCCUCUUCUUCUCUUCCCCCCUCUUCUUCUCUUCCCCCCCUCUUCUUCUCUUCCCCCCUCUUCUUCUCUUCCCCCCUUCUUCUUCUUCCCCCUCUUCUUCUCUUCCCCCUCUUCUCUUCCCCCUCUUCUUUUUCUCUCUUCCCCUCUUCCUUCCUCUCUUUCCUUCCUUCCUUCCUCUCUUUCCUUCCUUCCUUCCUUUCUUUCCUUCCUUCCUUCCUUCCUUUUUCUCUUGUCUUACUAAAACCAAGUAA